AUGUUCCUUGACAAAAUAAAACCAACUACAGAAAUAAACGACGCAAGACUGAAAGAUUGGGUAGAAGCUUUCCCAUUCACAAAAGAUAUAGUUGGUAACAUGGAAAGAAAACCAGAAUGGCUACAAAAACAUAUAUUUGGAAACGAGCAUAUUCCAUAUGGACAGGCACUGUUUGAAGAGCUUGAACCAGAAACUCAGGAAAGAGUCAUGCAAACAAUACGCAAAGACUCAAAUACAAACUAUGACAAACUCUUUCUAGGAUAUAGGUUACCUGAGAUGGGCGACCAGAGCCAAAAGGCACAAAAAGGACAUGGGAAAUUUGCAACAUACUAG